AUAACAGUGUACUAAGGUGGAGAAGAAUAGCAAGAAGAAGAAGAAGAAGAGACAGAGAACUAGGCCUUCUGCUACAAUUGUAGAACACCCCCAUGACCACUACCGUGGAGCAAGCUUCUCUGAACUACCGGCGGAGAGAUGAACCAGCAGCUGACUUCAAUUUAAGAGAAUGGGCUCACAAGGCUCGUGUCAGCAGAGAGAACACCAAUUCAAGAAGGUUUUCUGCUUCGAAUAUCAGAAGCUUCAGAGAGGAAGCAAGGUCAUUCAGAUCAAACGCGACCAUCUCUAGCACUGCUUCUUCUCCUGGUUACACUUUAAGAGAUGAGAUUGACCCAGCUACUUACUCGUUCACCACUGCUCUCAAAGCUUUGCAGAUGAGAUCGGGUUACAGUUGGGAAUGUUUAUCACCAGAUGGGUUUGCUUUGAACUCCAAAUGGAAUGAUGCAGAGAAGUAUAUCUGCAACCCACUUUCAGGAGAAGUCCCAAUGGAGUGUUUGUCUGCAAAAACACUCAGUGGAAGGUCUAUCCCAACUUUAACAAGCAGAGCUACAAUGUCAGGACCUCUUGUUUACUCUCAUGCACGCCAUAUCCAAACAAAGCCUACCAUAGCAGAGGAUGACCAUAUUGAACCUGCAAUUCAAGAGAAGAAAGUUGAGUAUUCAACUAGGGAUGUGGGCAUUCAAAGUACACCACCUGAUCUUAGCUCAAGCAGUCCAAGCCCGGCUUCAACCCCUCCAAUCAAAGAGAGAUCAUUAAAGCGUUGUGAAGUUGAAGGUGGAGAGUCACCCAACAACUGCGGUACAAAACUGAAACCUGAGGAAGAGAUUGAAGAAGGGAGGGAGAAGAAAGAGAAAGAGAAAGAGGAGGAAACAAGAGAGGAAGCAGAGACAAGGACAGAGGAGCAGAUGUACAAGUGCAGGCAAAGUGGGUGCUUAUCGUGGACGAGCUUGUGGAUGGGAAAAAGGCAGAGAGGAAAGCAAAUCAGGCCGAGAUGGCAGGUUUUGUUUGGAAGGAGGAAUAUAUCUAAAAAGUAAGGAGUUAAAGAUGGAAAGGAGUUGGGGGAAGAGAAGAAAAGAUUGGAGAGAUUCCCCCUCUCUUUUUGGCAGGGAUAUGCGAAAUUGCCAAGGGAGGAGGAGUGAGUGAGUGAGUUAUAGAGAAAUUAAGGGCAAUCAAGCAAGGGCAGAGUAGGGUGGUAUCCUUGUUUCUGUUUGGUUAAGCGUUGUAAUGUUUUAUUCUUGCUUUGAUGCAAAGGCUGACAGCUUAGGUUCACGUGCAAACAAACCAAAACUCUCUCUCUCUCUGUCUCUCUCCAAAGCUCAGAAGUGUCAUUUAAAGUUCUGGUUUCUGAAUAUAAGCUCCAAAUUAAAGCUGUUAUAUUGAAAAGUUUCACUGGUCGUUUACCCCAAAAACAGUUCCGUGG